AAAAACCCAUUUUUCGGUGAGGAAGAGAGGAUUUUUUGAGUUGACAAUUUCUACAGAUUCAGAUUCAGAUUCAUGAAGCUACCCAAUCUCUCGGGAGUCCUUUUGUAAUUUUCAAUUAUAAAAGCAUUACAAUCCGUCGAUCAUUUCUAAACCCCAAAACAAUCAAAUACGAUUUUCAUUCACGGAAUCUCCGCUAUGGCUGAGGAAAUUACCAGGGAACACGCUUCCUCUUCUUCUCGACUUGACGGCCGGGUGGCAAUCGUAACCGGUGCCUCACGUGGCAUUGGCCGUGCCAUCGCCAUCCACCUCCACUCCCUUGGUGCAAGGGUUGUGCUCAAUUAUGCUUCAAGCUCGACAAAAGCAGAUCUUCUAGCGUCUGAGCUCAACGCCUCGGCUACCCUUUCUGAGCCUCAAGCAAUUGCAGUUCGAGCAGACGUUUCAGACCCAGAUCAGGUGAAGCUGCUCUUCGAUAGGGCCGAACAAGAAUUUGGGUCUAUCCACAUCCUUGUAAACUCUGCUGGGGUGCUUGAUCCUAAGUACCCAACUUUGGCCAAGACAAGUGUGGAGGAUUGGGAUAUGACAUUUAACAUCAACACCAAAGGUGCAUUCCUCUGCUGUAAAGAGGCCGCUAAUCGGUUGAAACGUGGAGGCAAUGGAAGAAUCAUCAUGAUAUCAACCUCGGUUGUUGGAUCUCUUCUACCAGGGUACGCAGCUUAUGCAGCCUCCAAGGCAGCCGUAGAGACAAUGACAAAGAUAGUGGCCAAGGAGCUCAAGGGUACGGGAGUGACUGCCAACGCUGUUGCACCGGGGCCUGUGGCAACUGAGUUGUUCUUUGAGGGUAAAUCCGAGGAAACGAUUAAGAUGAUUGCGGAUGCCUGCCCUCUAGGCCGACUUGGGGAGCCCAAGGAUGUGACUCACCUCGUGGGUUUCUUAGCCAGUGAUGCUGGGGAGUGGAUUAAUGGGCAGGUCAUUAGGGUGAAUGGUGGAUUUGUUGUUUGAAAGUUGAUACAUCUCUGAUCUCCACCCUCCACACGCCUUUUCUACUCCUGCUCUGUUCUGCCUUUUCUUUUCCCUCUCAUUUCAUUUCUCUUCUCGUGUCUGCUAGCUCUUUGUCUCACCAGAAAGCUAUUACUGAAUUUGUGUGUUCAUUUUCUAUU